AUGUCCAUCAAGAUUACUGAUAAAGUGGCCGAGCUCGGUCCUCAGGACCCGUUUUUCUCGUUCGAGUUCUUCCCGCCCAAGACGGAGAACGGGCUGCGUAACCUGUACGCGCGGUUGUCGAGAAUGUCUUUGCUGGGCCCGCUGUUUGUCACUGUCACAUGGGGAGCCGGAGGUUCCACUGCCCACAAGACCUUGGACCUGGCGGCUACUUGCCAGGCGGAACUGGGACUCACCACGUGUCUGCAUUUGACGUGCACCAACACGUCCAAGGAGGUGAUUGACGACGCUCUGACUAAGGCCAAGAAAGCAGGCAUCAGAAACAUUCUGGCAUUGCGCGGAGACCCGCCUCGCGAGGGCGUCGAUCCCGAGCACCACGGCCAUUUCCAGUACGCCGUGGACCUUGUGUCGUACAUCAAGGCCGAGUACGACGACUACUUCUGCAUAGGUGUGGCGGGGUAUCCCGAGGGACACGUCGAGGGAGCAGACAACAGCGACCAGGACAUGAACAGCGAUCUGCCGUAUCUGGCGGCUAAGCUGAACGCGGGCGCCGACUUCCUCAUCACGCAAUUGUUUUACGACACCGACAAGUUUGUGCAUUUUGAGCAAACGGUGAGGUCACAUGACCAGAUCAAAAAUAAAGAUAUCUUGAUCAUUCCAGGGCUGAUGCCGAUCAACGGGUACAACAUUUUCCAAAGAGCUUCCAAGCUGAGUCAUGCGUCGAUCCCAGAUUCUGUUCUGGGCCGGUUCUCGGAGGAUAUCCAGAACGACGACGACAAAGUCAAGGCGAUCGGCGUGGACAUUUUGUCGGAGAUGGUUUCCAGAAUCCACGACAAAACCGGCGGCAGAAUCAGAGGGUUCCAUUUCUACACGUUGAACCUCGAGAAGUCGAUUGCGCAGAUCAUCAACAAGAACAAGCUGCUUUCGGAGGUGCUUCGUAAGAAGGAGGAGGAGGAGUUGAAGGAGAACAGCUCCAGUUCCGACGACGACAUUGAUGAGACCACCACGACAGCUAAACGCGCGGCGUACGCCAACCGGUUCCGUCACGUGAACAACCAGGUGAUUGUGGACACGCCGAUGGUGCGGUCCGAGAAGAGAAACUCGAUGUCGCAGGUGAAGACGAUGAUCUCGAUCUCGUCUGGCCAGGGAACGCUGGGCAAGGACGCCACGUGGGACGACUUCCCGAACGGACGGUUUGGUGACUCGCGGUCUCCUGCGUACGGAGAGAUCGACGGGUAUGGUCCGUCGCUGAAGAUCACGUCUGCCAAGGCGUACGAGCUAUGGGGGUACCCCAAGACGCUGAAGGACAUCUCCAAGGUGUUCAUCAACUACCUGAGCGGGAAAGUGGACGCGUUGCCGUGGUCAGAGCUGGGAUUGAACCCGGAAACCGCCCUGAUCCAGGAGGAGCUGAUUCGGCUGAACGAGAUCCUGUGUUUCACGGUUUCGUCGCAGCCAGCAACCAAUUGCAGCAAAUCCAGCGACAAGAUCUUUGGUUGGGGUCCUAAGAACGGAUAUGUCUACCAAAAAGCGUUUGUGGAGAUGUUUGUUUCCAAAAAACACUGGGAACAGCUUCUGCCGCGGUUGCAGGCGAACGAUUACGUCAGUUACUAUGCCAUCGAUAGUAAGGGCAACUUCUCCUCGAAUCUGUCGAACCAAAAGAGUAAUUGUGUUACGUGGGGAGUGUUCCCCAACAGAGAGAUCGUGCAGACCACGAUUAUUGAAGAGGAGUCUUUCCGGGCCUGGAGCGAGGAGGCGUUCAGCAUCUGGCGAGAGUGGCAGCUACUGUAUCCACGCGGGACGCCGUCGCACAGCCUGAUCGGCAGCAUUCUGGACGAUUACGUGAACGUGAGCGUGAUCCACCACGAGUACCCGAACGAGCAAGCUCUGUGGGAACUGCUGCUGGAAUGA